CCGCCGCUCGCAGCGCGCUAUGGGAGUGAGCGCGGCCGUGGCCCUGGCAGCGGGCGGAGCGGCCCAUCUCUUGUGCGCGUGGCGGCGGCGCUGCCUUUCGGUUGCCCAAAUUCAGGCUGUACACCGCGAGAUAACCCCGGCUAAGUUUAAAACCCCGGCUAAGCCAGAAGAGCCAAAGUGGGACCUCGACAAGACCACUCCUCGCUCUCUCGGCCGAGAAUACUGCGCAAAUUCUGCGAGGUUUGAGCCUCGCGCCUCUCCGUUGCCGACCCCCGGCGUGGACACGUUCCCGCGCUUUCUGGCGUCAGGGGUCAGAGGGCACGCCGCCGCUCAGGAGAACGGAGCAGAGGCCGCGGCUGCCAUGGGCGAAGCGGGCGGCGCUGAGGAGGCCUGCAGGCACAUAGGUACUAAAGAGGAAUUUGUUAAAGUCAGAAAGAAGGACCUGGAACGGCUGACAACUGAAGUGAUGCAAAUACGGGACUUCUUACCCAGAAUACUAAAUGGGGAGGUGCUGGAGAGCUUCCAGAAAUUAAAGAUUGUAGAAAAAAACCUGGAAAGGAAAGAGCAAGAAUUGGAGCAGCUGAAAAUGGAUUGUGAGCACUUUAAAGCCCGCCUGGAAAUCGUGCAGGCCGACAGCAUAAGAGACAAGAAGGAGAAACUGGCUCUUCGACAGCAGCUGAAUGAAGCGAAGCAGCAACUCCUGCAGCAGGCAGAGUAUUGUACAGAAAUGGGAGCAGCAGCCUGUACCCUCUUGUGGGGCGUCUCCAGCAGUGAGGAAGUCGUCAAGGCCAUUUUGGGAGGAGAUAAAGCUCUGAAGUUUUUCAGCAUCACUGGUCAAACAAUGGAGAGUUUUGUGAAGUCACUGGAUGGUGAUAUCAAGGAACUUGAUUCGGAUGAAAAUCAGUUUGUUUUUGCUCUGGCUGGAAUUGUAACAACGAUGUCUUAGCAUCUUCACCAAGAGUAGAUUCCAACUCAAGAAACCAGUUUCUUUGUUCUUCCAUAAGAAGCAACUCAUCUGUCGUUUCUGUCACCAC